AUGAGUUUCGCUGCAAAACGGAAAGCCAAAGUCAUCAAGGUCGCCGAUGAGGAUGACCUAAAUGAAGACGUCACAUCGCCCACUGGCGACAAUGGUACUAGCGAUGAACCCUCUAAACCAUUAUUCGGCACAAAAUCAGGUCGGAAACCCUUCAAACAGUCAGGCUUGAGGAAGAGCUUCAACCCAGCGGGCGGCGAGAGUCUCGGGAAUGCGUCGGCUACCAACGACGAUGAGGACGACGGACCAGUGGUCGUACGACCGGUUAUCGGUCGAUCAGGCUCGCUGAAGGGAAAGAAAAAGCCGAACAAGUCUUCCCGGUUAUCAUUUGGUGGAGAAGAUGGUGCUGCAGGCGGCGACGAGUCUACUGAGGUAUUCACCCCUAAGAAACUACCUUUAGGGCGUGCAUUGGAAAAUAGUGCUAUAAAAAGAGGGUUGGGCACGAAAGGACUUCCUAUGAGAUCGAUCGGAGACGAUGACGACCGGCCCAAGUACAGCAAGGAAUAUCUCGAAGAACUGCAAUCAUCCACACCUAAUACCCCCCAAAAGUCCUCCACAUUACCUCCUGACGAUGGCGAUUUGAUGGAUCUGGACGCUUCGGAGCUGGAGGGCGCACUUAUUGUCGAUUCAGCAGAGUUGAACAACCAAUCACAACCUACAGCUAUUCUAUCCGAGGCUGAAAUUCGCGAGAAGAAGGAACGGCGUCAGCGGUUGGCCCUAGAGAAGGACUUUCUUUCAGUUGGGGAUGAUGACGAUCCAUUCGCACGCAAAAAGAAGGACGAUACACGUUUAAUAGCAGAAGAUGAAGAUCUUGGAGAGGGAUUCGAUAACUAUGUUGAAGAUGGCGGGCUCUCUCUAGGCAAGCGUGCUGAAAAGGAGAGACGCAAACAAGAUCGAAGGAUGAUGGAAGAGCUUAUCACGGCAGCUGAGGGCCAUACUUCGGAUUCGUCAUCCGACAGCGAUGCCGAGCGACGGAUCGCAUACGAAGCUGCGCAGACACGCGCCGGCAUGGAUGGUCUGAAGAAACCCCGGAAAGACCCCAGCCAGGACCUACUACAGGCACCACCAAAGAUAUCACCUCUCCCUAGUUUGACAGAAUGUCUGGCCCGUCUGCAAACUACGCUAAAGGGUAUGGAGGAUGAGAUGAAGGGAAAGCAAAACCGGAUGGAAAAGCUCAAGAAUGAACGACAAGAAAUAGUGAAAAGAGAAGGAGAAGUACAAGCUCUGCUGGAUGAGACGGGGCGCAAGUAUCAAGAGGCGAUGGGACAAGGGAAAGUGGCUGAAGGAAAGGCUGUAGAUGUCCCUGCGAAUGCCCCUGUGGAGAUGGUGGGCGCAAGAGGUUUGGAAACACUUGGUAUGCCGACGACUAAACCGGAAGAUGAGGAGAUGCAAUAA